AUGGUUUUAGAUAUGAUUGAUGGCCAACAUGUUGCAGUUGGAACAAGGGUCAAUUUAGCUUUGCUGUAUCUGUUGUUGCACGAACAAGCUAGGAAAUCAUUAGAAAGUGCACUGGGUGGAAAGAAAAAUGAAUUUGAGAAAUGGAACAAGGAAAUUAAGAGGAGAGAGAAGGUGGGUGGAGGUAGUGAUGCUGGUGGAGGUGGUUGGUUUGGAUGGGGUGGACGGUUUGGUUGGUCCAACAGUGACCAUUUCUGGCAAGAAGCAGAACAAGCAAUUCUUGCGGUGUUAGGAAUCAUCGUCAUGUAUCUCAUUGUUGCAAAAGGUGAAGUGAUGCUUGCUGUCAUCUUCAACACAUUGCUGUAUGCUUUACGAGGAACAAGAAAUGUACUCGCUUCCAUAACAUCAAGAAUCUUGGGAAAGACGUCUCCAAUUAGUCAUGUUGAUGUUUUUCAUCAGUACACCAGGCUUUCUGCUUGUUGA